AUGCUACGUCGAAUUACCCUCAGGAACGCUGCCCGUUCAAUUGAAAGAGGUUCACUUUUGAGAAGUUCUUUAAGAUUGAAUCCUAAUUCAGUACCGGUGUGGGGAAACAAUGCCGGUUUUAUCGGUAACACCUUUCAACGUAACUACUAUAUUCCUCCUUCACAAGAUGCUAGGAAUAAGAGGUAUAACUGGAUCUUUGGUCUUGGUCUUAUAGGUUCACUUUCUUUUGGUCUUUGGUGGUUUUAUUAUCCACAUCACAACUAUCCUAGAUCUGUGUCCAAGUUAUUAAGGAAAGCCUUGUGGGAAGAGAGUGAUAAGAAAGACUUCAACUACCAAGGGGCACUUAAGUAUUACAUCGAGGCGUUGGACCAAUGUGACAAGAUAGAAAUGGAUCCAUUGAGUGAUGAAUAUACCGGUAUUCAAUUGAAAAUUGCUGAAAUGUAUGAGCAUUUGAACUUUGAGAAAGAGGCUAAUUCUAUUUACUGGGAGUUGGUUCACAGGUAUUACCAAGCGUUGAACACUCCUGGUAAGGUUUUAGAAGAUUCAAGGCCUCAUGUGGUACAGAAAGAUUUAAGGGUUUUGAUUAAGGCUUUGGAACAAAAUGACGAUUUGAUGUACGGGAAGAAGGUGCUUUUAGCUCAUCUUUUGUUGGCACAAGAGGAAAUAUUGAGCAGAUCUCCAGAGUUGAAGAAAUACUUCGAUAGUAGAAAGCAAGACGUCAUCAAAUCUAAUGAAAAGAACGGUCAUGAUAUCGUUGUCAUUAAGCAGAAAUUCGAUCCUGAUGACUUUUUGAAAGCGAUCAAGGUGGAUGAAAACGGUUGCAUGAUCUUAGACAUACGUAAGGAUAGCAGUGCAUGGGAACCCUUGAAGGAGGAAUUUUUCACGGCAAGAGAUUUGUACACGGCGUAUUGUUUGUCUACCAAGGAUAUUUUGUCGGCUUUAGGGUGUAAGAUGACCACUGUUCAAUGGAUGGUUCUUGCAGAUAUGGCACCAGGUCAGAUUCUAUUAUCCCAAGCUAACUUGGGCUCAUUAUUGUAUUUACAAACCGAGCAAGUGGAAGGACAACUUUUUGCUUUGAACCAAGUACCAGAGGACUCUAGAGACGAUAAGUUCGUCGAGACUGUGGAGCAACUAAAAAAACAACGUGAAGUUUGUUUGGAUUUGGCAAGCAGAUCGUACCAAAGUGUCGUCACAUUUGGUAAGAAGAAUAAGAAGCUAAGAUUCCAAGUCAAUGAUCUAUUAGAUCCCUCUGCAUCACAAGCUAUUGCUCUUUCUACAUACGGUAUGGGUGUCAUAAGUCUCCAUCGUGGAGAUUUCUCUAAAGCAGAAAGAUUACUAAAUGAAAGUUUAUCGCUAGCUAAAGAGACAGAUUUCCAAGAACUAGUUAAUCCAUCUCAAGUUGAACUAGAGAAAGUGGCUAAGGCAAGAGCAAAUCCUAAGAUCCUGGAACCAUUCCCAGUUAUAGCUGAAAAGGAUCCUGUAAAACCUACAACGGCCUAG